GUCGCGACCCCUUUGGGGGUCCACUCGGCCGCGCCGAGGAGGAGUUGGCAUUGCCCAGAGGCUUUCUCAAUGAAGUUUUCAAGAAAGGAGACCUGGAUAGUUCCAGUUUCCGUCUCAUGAGGGGAGAGAUCACGUUUUCCCAGUGGGUGCCACUCAUGGAAGAAGACUAUAAGAAACACGCCGAAGAUUCUGGAAUCAGCCUCCCUGAGAAUUUCUCUGUUAGUCAGAUCUUUGGCAAGGCCAUUUCAGCAAGGAAGAUCAACCAACCCAUGCUUCAGGCGGUUCUCGCUCUCAGAAAGAAGGGGUUUACAACCUGCAUCCUCACCAACAACUGGCUGGAUGACAGCACCCAGAGGAGCAGCCUGGCCCAGCUGAUGUGUGAACUGAGACCACACUUUGACUUCCUGAUAGAGUCAUGUCGGAUUGGAAUGGCCAAGCCUGAUCCUCAGAUCUACAAAUUUAUGUUGGACACUUUGAAGGCCAGCCCCAAUGAGGUUGUUUUCUUGGAUGACAUCGGGGCCAAUCUGAAGCCAGCCCGUGAUUUAGGAAUGGUCACCAUCCUCGUCCGCGACAGUGACAUGGCCCUGCAAGAGCUGGAGAAAGUCACCGGGGUGCAGCUUCUCAAAACAGAAGUUACAGCCCCUCUCCCAAUCCCAUGCCAUCCAAAUGACGUGAGCCAUGGGUAUGUGCCAAUCAAGCCUGGGGUGCAUCUGCAUUUCGUGGAGCUGGGCUCUGGCCCUGCUGUGUGCCUCUGCCAUGGGUUUCCUGAGAGCUGGUUCUCUUGGAGGUACCAGAUCCCAGCUCUGGUCCAGGCGGGUUUCCGGGUACUAGCAUUGGACAUGAAAGGCUAUGGAGACUCAUCUGCUCCUGCUGAAAUAGAAGAAUAUUCCUUGGAAAUGUUAUGCAAGGACAUGGUAACCUUCCUAGAUAAGUUGGGCAUCCUCCAAGCGGUGUUCAUUGGCCACGACUGGGGUGGCAUGGUGGUGUGGAGCAUGGCUCUCUUCUACCCUGAGAGAGUAAGGGCAGUGGCAAGUUUGAAUACUCCCUUCAUGCCAGCAAACCCCAAUGUGCCGCUGAUGGAGAUACUCAAAGCCAAUCCUGUUUUUAAUUACCAGCUCUAUUUCCAAGAACCGGGAGUAGCUGAGGCUGAACUGGAAGAGGACCUGUAUCGGACUUUCAAACUCUUUUUCAGAGCACAUGAUGAGACCGAGCUCAACACGUCCAACGUCUGUGAAAAGGGAGGACUCUUUGUGGACGCCCCGAAAGACCCCAGCCUCAGUAGGAUUGUGACUGAGGACGACAUCCGCUUCUACGUGCAGCAGUUCAAGAAGUCCGGUUUCAGGGGUCCCCUAAACUGGUAUCGAAACAUAGACAGGAACUGGAAGUGGGGCUGCAAAGGCACAGGACGGAAGAUCCUGAUUCCAGCCCUGAUGGUAACUGCAGAGAAGGACGGAGUGCUUGUUCCUGAGAUGUCCAAGCAUAUGGAGGACUGGAUCCCCCACCUGAAAAGGGGACACAUUAAGGAUUGUGGACACUGGACACAGAUAGAGAAGCCCGCCGAGUUGAAUCGGAUCCUCGUACAGUGGCUGGAAACUGAUGCCAGGGACCCGCCAGUGGUCUCGAAGCUUUAGGGGGUGAUAUGUGCCAGCCCCUUCCUCUGCUGGGCUGCUGCUCCUGGCACCAAGAUGGGCCUGACCCGCGUCUCUCAGAACCAGCAGCCUGGUUCUGAAGGGUGAUUUUCUUUAAGGGAAAUGAGUAAAAUUGGACGUAAUUUUAGAUACAGGAAAAGGCUAUUAAUUCUCUGGGCACAAAUGCAUCACUUGAUCUCUAAGGAUGAUUUAUGUUCUGUGAGGGGACAAAGGAGGUGGCCAGGGGGUGAUUUCUCUUUGACUAAUCCAUAGUUUUGCAGCAAAAUCAGCAGGUAAUUCUGAAGCCUUUCCACAGAGAUUGGAACUCUUUUGCUCAAUAAAGCUAAACAACUGUGA